AUGCUGUCCCAAAAUACUUUAAUGCAACAGCGGCCCUUCGUGGCCAGCACAGGCCUCCGGGCGCCUCCACGGUUCCCAGUGGCUCACAGUGUGCGUGGGCUGGCACCUCUGGUGGAUGAGUUGAAAGCGGCCCAGGCUCGGACCGGCCUGCCCGACGUUCAGAUUGGCGACAGCGUGCGCAUCGGCCUGCUGGUCCAGGAGGCGAAGAGCUCUCGUGUGCAGCGGGUGGAUGGCACCGUCAUCGCCAUGGCGGGCAGCGGCAGCACCAAGACGUUUGUGGUGCGGCGCAUCUUCCAGGGUGUUGGUGUUGAGCUGAGCAUCAUGCUGCACUCCCCUGUUUUGUCAUCCGUGGAGAUCGUGCGUCGCGGCAAAGUUCGCAGGGCCAAGCUCUACUACCUGCGCGAGCUCACGGGCAAGAGCGCGCGCCUCAAGGAGAUCUUUGUCACCAAGGGCGACAAGGCGGCGAAGGCGGCCAGAAUCGGCUGA